UGAAAGCUCUGGAUCCUUCCUCCAGGCAGAAGAGGAGGAAAGGGCCCUCAGGGUGCUGGGGGCACCUAAAUCUCAGGUCUGACCCAGGAAGAGAUUCUGUCCUGGGCAGCCAUUCAGGCACCAGGCCUCGGCUGCUUGCUCUCUAGACUUGAGGCAGGAGAUUGGUGGUCUAGGCGGUUGCCAGUCCUGGGUGGAGGCUGCUCCCUGAUGUGAUAUCCUUGCAGGAGGCUGAGGUCUCAACAAGGCCGGGUGACACUCCAGAAUGGGAGACAAGCCAAUUUGGGAGCAGAUUGGAUCCAGCUUCAUUCAGCAUUACUACCAGUUAUUUGAUAACGACAGAACCCAACUAGGCGCAAUUUAUAUUGAUGCAUCAUGCCUUACGUGGGAAGGACAGCAGUUCCAGGGGAAAGCUGCCAUUGUGGAGAAGUUGUCUAGCCUUCCGUUCCAGAAAAUCCAGCACAGCAUCACGGCACAGGACCAUCAGCCCACGCCAGAUAGCUGCAUCAUCAGCAUGGUAGUGGGCCAGCUCAAGGCUGAUGAAGACCCCAUCAUGGGGUUCCACCAGAUGUUCCUAUUAAAGAACAUCAAUGAUGCUUGGGUUUGCACCAAUGACAUGUUCAGGCUUGCCCUGCACAACUUCGGCUGACCUCUUCCCAGCCAGGCACUCAUGCUGUUUCCUCCUCCCUCCUCUUCCUGAUAACUAUUCACACUCCUCCAGAUGCUCCAAAUAUCAUACACAAAUGAGCAGGGCCACGGUGGGAGCGGGCGCAGUGCGCUGCUACUACCGAGGUGUUGUGCAUGAUGUUUGGAUGCUAGAAUAGUUGCAUCUGACAGGAGAAGUUUGUGUUGUACCAGCGCAUGCCUUGGAAAGACUUAAGUAAUGCAAAAGGUUGUCUUUUUUUUUUUUUUUUUUUUUUUAAUCUACUGACAAGUUGCUCUAGUAACCCAAAGAAGUGAAGGAGAAAGCAGCUGCCUCACCGCCCAGAUAUUGACCGCCCAGAUAUUGAUUUGUUCGGAUGUUUCAAUGGCUCAUGAUAUAAUAAAACCACAAAAAUUUUCUUAACAGUUUAAA